AUGUCUGGCACUCGAAGACAGCUUCCUAUGCCAAACGUCACGAGGAUUACCAGCUUGACGCAGGCCCAUGCCACACUGCAGCACUGCUGGGUCAAGCUGUCUAGCUUCGUACAGGAUUAUCCGGCGUCGGCCUCUUCCGUGUCAUCAUCUUCUUCAUCCUCGGAGGGUGUCACUAUCUUCGCUGAGAGGCAACGAUUCCAGUCCUGGCUUGAACAGUGGGAGGUUGCAUUCACCGAAUUCCUCACAAACGCCAUGGCAGCCAUGAACAGCGACAACAUUACGCAGAGUCGAAUUAUGAAGGCCAAUCACCUGGCAUGCACGAUCCUGGCGUCCGAUAACGACACCACCGCAGAAAGAGACUUCAACGCAAUCGUGGAACUUGCGGCAGCGGUGCUUCGAUCAAGGACGACUGACUCACCUCCGAAGAGCGAUGAGGACGACAAGGCUCCAUCUACCACCGCCACGACAACGACUACCACAGCUCUCGAUGUCCUGGAUCCGUUGAUGGUGGUCAUAUCCCGGUGCAACGUGGACGUUGUGCGAACACGGGCGGCGGAGCUGCUGCGAGCUCGCCACCGAUGA